ACGCGUCAAGAAUUUUAUAGACAAAUUACUCAAUAAUUUGACAUUUAAUUAUUUAUUUACACGUGAUUGAAUCAUUACUCUAAAAUAUGUGAUACUUUUUUUAGUAGUUAUUGAUUCAAAUUGAUACUGAAAACAAACAUGUAUUAAUUUUAUUUAUUAAAAUUAAUUUUAUUAAUAGAAUAGAAAGAUGCCCUUUAAAUUUUAUUUGAAAAAAAGUCGCCAAUAUAAUGUUGUUUCCAAGAAUCAAUAUGUCAUUUGUGUAGAAUUGCUUGAUCAAACUUCAAUAGAGUGUACACUAGGAGUUGACAGUCUUGGUCAAGAAUGUUUAGAAAAUAUUACACAAAGAUUGGGUUUAGGGCAACCAGAGUUUUUUGGUCUUAAAUAUAUCUGCAGGCAUGGAGAACCAACAGCAAGAUGGGUGGAUAUGGAUAAACCACUCAAAAAACAAUUGGAAAAAGAGGCUAAAAGUUUCAAUAUUUAUUUGAGAAUAAUGUAUUAUAUUACUGAUUUUCAAUUAAUACAAGAUGAGAUGACACGAUAUCAUUAUUAUCUUCAAUUAAAGAAUGAUCUUCUUGAAGGAAGAAUACAGUGUAAUUCUCGACAAGCUGCAUUGUUAACUAGUUAUUCCAUGCAAGCAGAACUUGGAAAUUAUGAUCCAAUUCGGCAUACUCCCGAGUGCCUUCAACAAUAUGCCUUUUUUCCUAAAGAUUUAAUAGAUUCAGAAGAAUGUAGCAAAGAUAAUCUUUUACACUCUGCAAUUCGUCAAUAUAAGAGUCUUUCUGGAGUAACUCAGGCUGUGGCAGAAGAGCUGUAUAUAUCAAUUGUUGUUCAGUUAGAAGGAUACGGUCAUGAAUCAUUUACUGCUAAGGAUGACGCAAAUAAUCAAGUUGUUCUCGGAAUUUCAAUAAAUGGUAUUAUGGUAGGAUAUCCAUCAACUCAAACAACACAAUUUUAUCGUUGGAAAGAUAUUAGCAAUGUGAUAAACCAUAAGAAGACUUUUAGAAUUGAAUGUCAAUCGGAGCAUGACGACGCAAAACAGUUCAUAUUCCGUGAAUCUCGGAGUGCUAAAUAUAUGUGGCGAUUAUGUAUAGCUCAACAUACAUUUUACAUGCAACAUCAAGAAUCAAGACCACCUGAUCGAGUAACAGGGUAUUUUGAUAGUGAUACAAAUGACUCUAGUGAGCAAACAACGUCAGUCAACAUUGAUAAUCGUACUGCUGAUGACCAUAUGCGAUGGACUAGUUAUAACGAUCUCUCAACAACACCUUAUCCACCUGUUUCAGUUUCCACAACUGAUUUAAAUAAUUUACGAGCAUUACUACCGUCUUAUAGACCAGCACCUGACUAUGAGACAGCUGUUCAAAUGAAAUACAAUGGUGGAAAUCCACCACAGCCUUACUAUGCAAACCAAUCAACGAUUUUUGGAGCAGAAUUAUCUUGUACACUUGGAAAUGUAGUAAAUAGAAAUAGAUACUAAGGUGGAUAAAUUUUUUUAAUUCUAUAAUUUUUUGAAAAACUUUUCAAUAUAAAAAAGGCUUGUUAUUUUUUUAUGCAUUAAUAAAGAUAUUUUCGAGUGUGUUAGAAAGUUAAGUCAAAGCUCUUGGGCAAUUAAAAUUGUCGAGAGAACAAACGUGGAGAUUAUAUGCGUGAAAGAUAUUAAUAUUAAAGACUUUUAAUUAUCAUAAUAUUUUUAAGUGAAACUUGAAAAAUAAAAUUUUUAAAUAAAAGA